CUGCGCAAUCGAAAGGUGAAGUGUCGACGGGUGUACGUGCAACUACAAAGCUUUUACGCUGCACAUUGGUGAAGGAAGACAAAACACUAUACGCCAAGUGAAGAUGCUGACUCGCGUAUUGAAAUUGAUGCCGGGUAAACAGUGUUCAAAAGCCACCCAUCAUAUCCAUGCUGGGCUGAACAUUAUCUGCAAAGGUUUGAAUCGAAUGUUCAUACUGUCCCUGCUGCUCGGUGUCUUUGAUGCUACCGUCACCAUCGGUGCAAGUUAUGUCAACACGUGCAACCAGACUUCGCACGCUUAUCAACUUCGACGAGGAAACUCCCACAGCUUUUACACCGGCCCGAUACCCAAUCAUGUACUGGUCGGUCAAGGCUACCGUUACGUAACCACACAGUGGAACGUAACAUGUGCCAGUUACUGUUUGCAAGAUGAUGCCUGCAAGUCUUUCAAUUUCUGCCAUUCUGACAAACGCUGCGAGUUUAACUCAGCGGUGUAUGCCAGAGAUAAAUCUGACCUGUACCCAUCCAACGGUUGUGAGUACUACGACGAAAGAUACCAUACAGAAUGCGAUGUCAGCACGACCGUUGGUGAUUACGAACCAAGUUUCAUCAAGCGUCAGCGAGAUGAAAAAUACCGACUUGAUUUUGCUGUUAAAGGGGCAACUGAUGCUGUUGUGUGGCUGUCCGAACAAGAGAAUAAAGACAAGCAUUAUGAAAUAGUUAUUACUGGUUGGGGUAACACUCAUGCCGCGAUCCGCAAAGAGAGAACACCUAUGGGACAGAACGGGGAAACAUAUGUACGCGUAGAAAAACCCGGCCUAAUGAACGCCACGGAGUAUCGUCGGUUCUGGAUCAUUUACGACGAUUGGGAGAUUAAGGUGGGUCAAGGCGGUCAAGACGAGCCGUUUAUGGAAUGGACUGAUCCUGACCGUAGAGUCACCGUGAGUUAUAUAGGCAUAGCAUCCAACAGCGGGAGUGAGGUCAAGUGGAUAUUUUACAACUAUUGCGACUAUUGAUACACAUGUACCUGACAGGUUAUAAGCAAAGCACAUUGCGUUGUUUUGAAAUUAAAAUUCGCUCUUUUAGUGUUUUUAUUUUUGUUUUCAUCGCACACGCCCACACAACAAAAGUGAACAUUGAACGUUUUGUAAAAACACACCCAUCACACAAAGAAGGAAAGGCACACAAAUUAUUGUGUAACAGUAUACAAUUGUUGCACGCUGUGACGGGGUCCAUGGCGUUUGGUACACCCGAGGGUGCCA